AUGCGCAAAGGUCCGGGGUUAUCUGCUUUGUCGAGGCAUUCAGCUUACUCGAAUUCUUAUUCCACAUUAUCAACCACAAUCUCAUCUAGUCAAUUGACUUCAUUGCAAGAAUCGUUAGAAUCAUUUCGAGAUACUUUAUUGGAAUUCUCAAUCAAACAUCGCCAUGAUAUACGUAAAGAUCCUGCGUUCAGACAUCAAUUCCAAAAAAUGUGCGCUGCAUUAGGUAUAGAUCCAUUAGCCGCUUCCGCUUCUGCUUCUGGAUCUGGAUCUGGAUCUGGGUCAAGCAAAAAUGGAUUUUGGGGAAUGAUAGGUAUGAGUGAAUGGGAAUAUGAAUUGUCGGUUCAAUUAGUUGAUAUUUGUGUUUCUACAAGAUCAAAAAAUGGUGGAAUGAUCUCUAUCAAUGAAUUAAUCACCAAAAUUGAAUACCUGCGUUCUGGAGGUAAAGCUAAGAAGAAAUCGAUAAGCAAUGAUGAAGUAAUAGUAGGAGGUGUGACAGAUGAAGAUAUAAUACGAUCAAUAGAAAUCUUAGAACCAUUAUGUAAAUACACUAUACAUAAAAUUGGAUCAACGAAAUAUAUAAGAACUAUACCUAAAUCAUUAGAUGUGGAUCAGAGUGUUUUAUUAGCUAUAGCAGCUUCUAACAAAGGUAAAUUAAUAUCGAAUGAACACAUAAAAGUUCGAACUGGUUGGUCAAGUGAUAGGAUCAUAUUAGUAUUAGAAGAUUCAGUUAUGAGAGAAGGUUUAGGCUGGGUAGAUGGACAAUCGCCUUCUGAUAGUGAAAUGAAUAUUUGGAAUACGGAUGGUGGUAGAGGUAACAUCUGGAUUAUAGCAGCGACGGAUUUUGAAGAUGUAUUCGAAUAA